CGCGAGAUUACGUAUCGGCAAGGCUGAUAAAAUGGAAGGCUGUACUUGCUAGCUAGGUAACUAGCACAGCGAAUCUAUUAGGAACUGGAAAUUAAUCAUUUGCCUCCAAGGUGCAAAGAGAGACCAGUGGAAUGACACUUUACAUGUCCUGAAAAUUGAGCUUUGGCGGCUGCCUGCUCAUUGGUUGUAUAGCCUUGUUACCUAUGGAUGUCAUAAUGGACACAAUGGAAAAUAACAGGAUCGCUGGUGAUUCAGAGGAACAGCAGAGCCAGUCAGAAGGUGGAGAGUCGAGUGUUAGGCCAUCCCUGACUCAGGUUAAAAAGUCCUGGGGCUUCAGGCGGACAACCAUUGCUAAAAGGGAGUUCUUGGAUGAAGUCGGAGACCUAACCCACAGUCCCCCUCUAGUACGCAGAGGCCGAAGUCGUCGAAUGGUCCAGACACCUCAGUACACUGCAGAAACCUGCGCCACCCAGACAGCUACUCGUGCAAGUAGGAGUGUUAUAGAUGACCUUGAGUGGUCUGCCCCAUCCUCACCUGUAUCAGAGGAGGGCAAACCAGCCUCAGAAACAUCUGCAGGAGGGAGCCUUGACCCCAGCUUAUGGCAAGAUUUUGGGUCUGCCUUCCACACUGCCUUCUCACUGCUUGGUGGGAAUGAGGGCUUGUCCAUGGAUAUGUCUGAUGCACUGGCAGUCCCUGACAUUUUGGAAGCCACUGAUGCCAUCGAUGACACUCCUCCACAGGCUAUAGACGGAACUGAGGUGCCUGAUGAUACAGAAUCAACUGAUGACAUGGAGAUUUCACAGCCUGUUGCUCCUGACAUUGUGGCUGGAGGGGAAAUCGAUGAUGUGGUGUUGAUCUCUAGUCAAGAAGAGGACAGUGAUGAAAUGACACUGAUGCAGAUUAAGGAACAACUGGCAUCUAAAGGCAAGCAUAGAGGUAGAGGGGGGAAAGGUGGAAGAGGAAAGGCCAGAGGAAGGGGGAGAGGCAGAGGAAGAGGUAGGGGAAAAGGUAGAGGAAGGGGCAGAGGGAGGGGCAGGGCAGUGGAGCUUCAGUCAAGCACUGCAGACGAUGAGGACGACGAUGAUGAGGUAAUGCUUGUUACUCCUGCUGAACAGCAUCUGCAGCAGUUGCAAGAGGAGGAAAAUGAAAAUCAACAUAGCCCUGCUGAAAUAGUGAUAUCACCUACCCACUCUGAUACCACUCCUGAUCAGCAAUCAAGCUCAGACUGCAUAAUCAUAGAUGCUGAUUCAGACCAGAUCACUGAUGUAACCCCUGGCCAGUAUGAUGAUGCACCAGAGGAGGUGGAAGAGGAGGAGGAGAAAAACUACAAGAAAGCAGGAGAGUAUUCAAGCAUAUCUGAUUCUGAGGGUUAUGACUCGAAUGCUCUGUACUGCAUCUGUCGACAGAAACACAAUAAAAGGUUCAUGAUCUGCUGUGACAGUUGCCAGGAGUGGUUCCAUGGCAACUGCAUUGGUAUCAGUGAGACACAGGGCCGUGAGAUGGAGAGGAAAGGACAAGAGUAUAUCUGCCCUCCUUGCACUACAAAGAAGCAGAGCCAGCUCCAGCCUGAGCCUCACCUUCAGGCAGAGCCUAAGCUUAGCUUUCCGGAAUGCUUGACACUAAGUCCUUCUGGUGAAGAGGGGGAGGUGCAUGAGGAACAGCAAGCCGUCAAGGAGACUGUAGUGGUGGUGGUGGAGGAGGAGAAGGCUCCUGUGACGAGACUGGAAGCUGAAGAAGCCAAACCCGAAGCUGAGAUGGAGAUCGACAGCUCUCUUCCUCUGUGCAUUGGACCCGGGUGCUCCAAACAAGCCCUACCGGAUUCCGUUUACUGUGGCACUGACUGCAUCCUUCAGCAUGCUGCCGUCACAAUGAAGACUCUUUCUGGUCCUAAGGUGCCCAAAUCCAGAGGAAGGCCGCAGAGAAAAGCUGCCACUGCAAGACCCACUGCAAUGGGUCAGAGGUCGUGUGGGAUGUCUAAGAGAUUAGCAGGAAAGGCUGAGGAGGAAGGUGAAGAGGAGGCGAUGAAGGAAGAUGAUGGAGGGCAGAAGGACGCUGCACCUCCCUUAGCCUGCGACCCCAGUCUCACAGAAGUUCAGGCCACUUCCAUACCAUCAUCUAAGUUUUACACAGCGUCCAAACAGGACAGUAAAGAGAUAGAGGCUGACAGUGAGGCUUUAACUCCUUCAGAACAAUCUCCAGAGGACACCUCUACCGAUGCUGCUCCCUCUUCCCAUUCUGUCACUGAGCCAGCCCCACCACAGAGCCACUCUCAAGAAAAAGCAAAGGAGCCAUUCAGCAGUGGUGUGUCGAAGCAGCAAUCUGCAGAAUCAGAUCCCUGCAUUCUACCCAAACCAGCAAAAUCUAGUCUGGCUCCAGUCAUACAGUCCCCAUCCACUUCAGCUCCCAGACAUCAUGAAACAGGGGCGCUAAUGGUCACUAAGACCACAUACGUUAUACCAAAGAAGCAGUCUGGAUCCCAGCCUUCGUCCAGCCACGUGUCAGCAUCAACACCAGGCCAGAAGCCGUCUUCAGGCCCAGUGCUGCUGAGCGAAACCAGAAAUCUUCCAGUGCCACCUGCACCCAUUGCUCCUUCAUCUAGACCAUCUCAGCCCAAUAACCAGGUCAGACAGAGCAUCCAGCGCUCCCUCACCAGCAUCCUGAUCAAAAGGGUGUGUGAUUGUGAGGAUUUGGAGAUGUCAGAGAGUGAAGUUGCAAAGCUGGUCGCGAGCAUUGAGAUGGAGAUGUUCGACAUAUUUCGCAACACAGACAGCAAAUACAUGAACAAGUACAGAACCAUAAUGUUCAACCUGAAAGACCCAAAAAACAAGGGCUUGUUGUGUCGGGUUGUACGUGGAGAGAUCAGUCCCUUCAGACUGGUCAGGAUGAGCCAGAAGGAUAUGCAGGCUACCAAGGCAUCAGAGCCAAGUCCAAAAGAAACAACAGAGGUCAAGGACGCAGCUGCCAAAGCAGCAAAUUUGCUGCACAGGCCUGAAGCAGUGAAGGUUGAUUUACCCAGUUUGAUUCCCUCUAGACCCGAAAGAGACAUGAAGAAAAGUCUUCCUGCUCCUGUUUUCAAGGCCAGAACAAGCCAGCCAAGCCAGGGCAAUGCUGUACCAGAUAUUCUUGCCUGUAUGCUUAAGGACACAACAUCAGAGCACAAAGCUCAUCUGUUUGACCUGAAAUGCAAGAUAUGCACAGGUCAAAGACUAGAAGGGGAAGAGGAGGGACCUGCAAAGAAAAAACCCAAUGUUUCUGAAACAAGAGAUAACUAUGAACCCUCUUGGAGAAAGUCUGCAGGAGAUGACUCCCCUCUGCGAGCACCACCUGAUUCACCUGACAUGGAUUUUCCAACUUCAUCCCAACUGGAUCAUUCAUCCCGCCUUACCACUGACUGUCCAUUGACUAUAGUAGAAUCCCCUGCUUCCCCCAUAAUGGAUUCUCCAGCCUCCCCUACUUUAGAGUCUCCAGCUUCCCCUAUCAUCGAGUCCCCUGCGUCCCCAACUCCAGACACUCCUAAAUGUAUCACUACACGAAAGAGAGCAUACACACCCGUUGUGAUUCCAGCUGUCUCCACAGUAACCAUCACAAGGCGUGACCCCCGCACUGCGGCAAGCAGGUUUCCUGCUUCGUAUAGUGGCACCACUGGUCCCAGUAACACAACCCAUAACCAAUCAGCCCCUUAUGCUCCUCUUAAAGAAAGUAGAUCUGCCUCACCUUCACCACCGACCUCCUCACUACCACCAACGAAAACAUUACCUAAAUCUAUCUUAAUGAAGCCAUCUUCCUCUGCAGAUCCCAGACUCUAUGGCACAUCCUCAAGGACUGUGAUAUCUGAAUCCCCAGCUGAUGGAGAGACUUCUCAGUUCAUAGCUAAGCAAGACAUACUGUGGAAAGGCUUCCUAAACAUGCUCAGUGUAGCCAAGUUUGUCACCAAGGGAUAUCUGGUUUCAGGAUCUGCUGAAAAUCUCAAAGCGGAUCUGCCUGAUACCAUACAAAUCGGAGGACGAAUCAUGCCUCAGACAGUGUGGGACUAUGUUGCAAAAUUAAAGACAUCUGUUACAAAGGAGUUAUGUGUCAUUCGGUUUCACCCUGCAACAGAGGAGGAAGAGGUGGCCUAUGUCUCCCUGUUUUCCUAUUUUAGCAGCAGAGGUCGUUUUGGUGUGGUUGCCAAUAGCAGCCGUUCCAUCAAGGAUGUAUACCUUGUCCCACUCAGUGCAAAGGAGACAAUCCCAUCCAUACUACAACCUCUUGAAGGACCAGGGCUUGAAACAAACCGGCCCAAUCUUCUUCUGGGUUUGGCAAUAAUUCAGAAGGCAAAACGUCCAGGAAGCUUGCCCCAGGAAAUUGAAGAGAAGAGACCUAAAGUUCAUAUGUCCAAAGACCCUAUGUGGAUCCCAAAACCUCCGGUCCUCUAUGGUUCAGACAAAUUGGAGAUAUUUCAACCAUACGAUCCAGAGACUCCUGCUAGCAUCACACCCCCUGGUUCACCCUCUUGCCCUGGGUCACCAUCAGAGUCUUCCUCUUCGGGCUCAGUUACCAUACCAUCUCUUUUGACUUCCAUUAGAGCAAACCCUCCUGUUUCCACCUCAGCCGUUGUUGCUGCCACUCAGUCCACCUCUAGUAAGAAUAAUCUCACAACAGCAUCCACUGAUAAGACACCACUGCAGACCAUCUUGAAGACCUUGUUCCCCAAUAAGCAAACUGACUCUUCUGAUGGAAAUUCAACAACAACAACUGUUAGUAUUAAGAAGCUUCCAGUUUUUUCUCAAGUGUCUGGGUCAAUGGUGGAUCCAAUUGUCCAACAGUAUGGACAGAAAUCCAAAGUCAAACAAAUAGAAGAAGAGGAAAGUGACUUUGACCGGCCAUAUGACCCAGAAGAGGAGUAUGAUCCAGCAAAGGGAUAUGGAAUGGAUGCCCCACAGAGCAUAGCAAACAUUAAGGCAGAUAGGCCUGCAGUAUCAGGCAUUGUUGAAGAUGAUGUGGCCUAUGAUCCAGAGGACGAGACCAUCUUCGCCGAUAUCCAAAGUGAUGUUGUUGUAACAAAGUCCCCUGUUCCAACUCAAACAGAUUCUCCAUUAUGCCCCCCAGUUUCCACCCAGGAUGUAAUGCCAGCUGCCACUUCCACUCCAGCGCAAACUUCUACCCCAGCUGGAGUAGUGGAGAACCUUCCUACAGGCACUGUGGUUGUGUCAGCUGCAACACUAACUGAACAACAGCGGAUGCUCGAGGAGCUCAAUAAGCAGAUUGAAGAGCAAAAACGGCAGUUGAAGGAGCAGGAAGAAGCACUACGUCAACAGAGGGAGGCUGUGGGUAUGUUCAUGGCUCACUUUUCUGUUUCUGAUUCCCUGAUGUCUCCCCCACCAAAAUCUUUGCCUCUCAGUCAACUGUCAUCUCUGCAGAGUGGAAUAAUGCAAACAGAGUCGAGGCAUUCAGAAUCAACAGACAAGACCAGCAACCUUACAGAGACAAACACAAAAAUGCAAUCUGUUAAGCUAGAAGACACAACUGCCAUCCCUAUUUUAAAAAAUGAUACAGAUACUGUUACAGAGCAAGAUGAAACACCAAAAAAUGUUGAGGAAAGUGACAAGGGUUCCUCUGCAGGAGAGAUUGAAGAUUCUGAUGUAGCGUAUGAUCCAGAGGACGAAUCACUUUUUAAUGAAAUUCAGGACGAUGUAUUUCAAGGAGUCAAUAUGAAGACUCAUGAUUCAUCUUUGUCUAGAACAGGGCAUAGUGCCUGCCACAAGGGCACUCCAAAUUUGUACCACAGCAGAAAGCGAAGGUCAUCGCCAAAAAAGCGGAGUCAUCGUGAAAGGAACCGCCAUAGAAGUCCUUCAAGAAGGUCACAGCACCGUUCUCCUUCACAUUCCCAGAGACGUAGAGAAAGGGAUAGACACAGAAGAAGUGAAAGGGAUCGGUCGAGGCAUAGAGCUAGAGCACAGUCUGACCGCCAGGGUCGCCAUCGGAAAGAGCAUACUGAACGCCGACAUUCUCAUGGGCGUAGAAGAUCCCCAUCAGCUCCUUUCACCCUUUCACCAAAACACCACAGAGGACCUUCUCCUCAAGUCCUUGAGAAAUCAAAAAGUGCAAGUGUUCUGUGUAAUACUCCAGACUCUGUGGUUGGACAAUUUGUAGAGAGUAACACGUUAUCAUGUACCUCGGUUACUGUUAAAAAUGACCUUGACGGAUAUCAGUUAAAAUGUAAUCUGGUUGAGAACCAUGAUAAAGACUUUUCUCCUCUUCACAAUGUGAAGCUAGAGAUUUCAGAACCACCAAAAUCCCAGGAUCUUCAAAAAAAUUCACUCAGUAACCAUGAUGACACAGGUAGUGGUUCUUCUACACAAGUGGACAACCACUCUCAACUGGAAUCUCUGCUUGAAAACAAAAUUGAAAGUACAGUUCCUUUAAGAGAAAUUGAUCCGCCUAUUCGAGAUUCUCCUCAGAGCCCUGAUCCAGAGCCACAGUUUGUGAAACCUAGCAGCAUUGAAAAGGUUGACUCUGUAAAGAUUGAGGAAAUCAGAGAUCCUGAGACAUAUACCAGUGUCACAAUGCCACUUGUUAAAGAUGAAAAAAAUCAUCUGCCUAUUUGUGGUCAAGCAACAAUGUCCAAUAUACUAUGGCCUACUAUUGGAGGUCCAAAAUCAGAUGUUAAAAAUAGGGAAAGUCCAGGAUUAAAGCAUCCAGAAAUACUCGGGCAAGGGGGAGGACAUUCAGAUCCAGCCAGAGGCUCUUAUAUUCUGAGCUCAGGAUCUGAAAUAGACCCUGUGACAAGGUGUCUGGGACCUGGUAUGAGUAGUCCAGAUAUUAGGAAUCCAGGACCAGAUAUGAAAGAACCUGGCAAUAGGGGAUCACAAAUAUAUCUAAGAGAAACAGGAAUUAGAUUCCCAGGGCCUGAUAUGAGGGUACCAGGCAUGCAAGGCAUAAGCCCUAAUAUUUGGGGUCCUGGACCACAUAUACAAGACCUAGCUAUAAGCGGUCAAGGGAAACAUUUGAGGGACCCAGGGACAGGGAUGCAGGGUUCAGAGCGAAUUUUGAGAGAACCAGGUAUUGAGGAAAACAAUACUGACAGAAUUGGUUCAGGAGCAGUCAUGCAAGGUUCUGGGAUGAGGAGUCCAGUGCAAGAUAUGGGAAGUUCUAGUAUGCAAGGUAUGAACCCAGAAAUAAAAGAUCCAGGCCAUGAUGUGAGACAGUGUGAACCAGAAUUGAGAGGAAAAAUGCUUGUACCAGCUGUUACAACUUCACAUAUGGGAGGACCUUUUGAGGGUCCACAGAUACAGGGUAAGGCUUCAGAUAUUAUAGAAAAAGGUAAAGGCCAAAAAGAUAGAUAUGAAAUUCCACAUACUGGGGGUGUAAGAUCUGCUAUGAGGAGUGGAGGUGUAAAAGAUCCAAGUCGAGAUAUAAGAAGUCCAGGUCCAUCUUUAAGAGGCUCAGGACGACUUCAGAGGCAAUCAAGGCAUGAUGGCAGUCCAGUUUUUGAGGAUAGGGGCCCUCUGAAAAGGGGGUUUCAGCUAUAUGGAAGAGAUACAGAUUUGAGCAGGGUUGGUGGUGGUCGAGAAAGGAGUUUAGAUUCCAAUGCAUCUAUGGGUUCAGACAGUAUAGUUCUUACAAAAGAUAGACUAUCCCCGGCAAUGACAGUUGAAAGGCGGGGCCCACAAAGACGGACAAACAUAAAUUAUGAAAGUGGUGGGUCUAACAUGUCCUUCAUUGAACAAGACAGUAGUGCACCUGAACAUAUCAAUCGACCACAGCCAGAUAUUAGUGCUGACAGGAGUGUGCAUGGCCCUGACAUGAGAGAAUCAGAAACUAUGCAUGAAUUAGGAAGGCCAGAUACAACAGAAACACGUUACAUCGGGCCUAGUCAAUAUAUGGGUACUAUUGGUAGCUCAGAUACAAAUAGGAGGGAUGUAGACAUGCAAGGAAGACAUAUACAGGGUCUAUGGAGAAAUGAACAAAUAGGUCAAGAAGACAAAGGUCCCAUGCCAAACAUUACAAAUCCAGAUUGGAGGGGUCCAGGUCUUAUUGGUCCUGAUAUGAUGGGUCAAAUAAGUCAAAAUAAAGGCCCGAGUUCACAUAUGGGGGCUCCAGAUUGGAGUGGCCCUGGGUCAGACAAAAGAGAUAAUUGGAGAGGACCAGACAGGAGAAGGUCAGGUCCAGUCAGAGGAGGGCCAUUUAUGCAAGAUGAAUGGAGAGUCCACCAGCCUGAUAAGAGAGGUCCAGACAUGGAGAGCCAGGGGCCUGAAAGAAGAGGCGCUGGAGCACUCAACUUUAGAGAAUCAGGGCCUGAAAUGACAAGUUCAAACAUGGAGAACAUGACACAUGACAAGAGAGGGCCUGGGGGCCUGGAUGUUGUGUCACCGGGACCUUCAAGGAGAGGACCUGAUAUGGAUGUCCCAAUGUGUGGCAGGAGAGGACUGGGAGGUCCAGAUUUCAUUGGACCAGGACUUGAAAGAAGAGGACCUGAUAUGGAGGUCCCAAUGCAUGACAGGAGAGCACCAGGAGGUCCAGAUUUCAUUGGGCAACGAGCUGAUAAGGAGGUCCCAAUGCAUGACAGGAGAGGACCAGGAGGUCCAAAUUUCAGGAGACCAGAGCCUGAAAGUAAAGGUCCAACUAAUGACAAUCUGGGACCUGGCAGGAGAGGACCAGGGGGUCCAGACUUUGUGGGACCAGGUCUUGAAAGGAAAGGUUUAGCUAUGGAAGGUCCUGGGCCUAACGGAAGAGGACCAGCAGGUCCAGAUUUCAGGGGACCAUGGCCCGAAAGGAGACAUCCUGAUAUGGUUGGUUCAGGUCCUGACAUAAGAGGACCAGGUGAUCAAGAUGUCUGGGGACCAGGACCUGAAAGGAGAGGUCCAGCUAUGGAGGGUCCUGGGACUGAAAGGCAAGGCGUAUGUCCAGAUUUCAGUGAACCAGGGCUUGAAAGGAGAGGUAUAUCUAUGGAGCAUCCCAGGCUUGACAGUAGAGGACCUGGAGGUCCAGAUUUCAGAGGCUUGGGACCGGAAAGGAGAGGUCCAGCUAUGGAGGGUCCAGGGCUUGACAGGAGAGGACUUGGAGGUCCAGAUUUCAGAGGACCAGGGCCUGAGAGGAGAAGUUUAUCUAUGGAGCAUAUUAGGCUUGACAGUAGAGGAACUGGAGGUCCAGAUUUCAAUGACCCAGGGCUUGAAAGGCAAAGUUUAUCUAUGGAGGGCCCUGGGCCUGUCAAGGGAGGACCUAGAGUUCCAAAUUUCAGAGGCCCGGGACCUGAAAGGAGAGGUCCCGCUAUAGAGGGUCCUGGGACUGACAGGAGAGGACCUGGAGGUCCAGAUUUCAGGGGACCAGGGCCUGAAAACAGAGGCUUAUCUGUGGAGGGUAUGGGGCCUGACAGUAGAGGACUUGGACGACCAGAUUUUAGAGGACCAGGGCCUGAGAGAAGAAGUUUAUCAAUGGAUCAUCCUGGGCUUGACAGUAGAGGACAUGGAGGCCCGGAUUUCAGUGAACCAGGGCUUGAAAGGAGAGGUCCUGCUAUGGAGGGUCCUGUAACUGCUAGGAGAGGACCCGGAGGGCCAGAUUUUAGCAGACCAGGGCCUGAUAGGAGAGGUCCUGCUAUGGGUAGUCCAGGACCUGACUGGAGAGAAUUGGCAGUUCCAAAUUUUAGUGGACCAGGACAUGAAAGAAGACAUCACUCUAUGGACAGUCAAGAAUCUGACAGGAGAGGACCAGGAGGUCCAGAUAUCCCGGGACCAGGGCCUGAAAAGAGAGGUCUGGCCAUGAAUGGACCAGGGCCUGACAGGAGAGGACCAGUUGGUCCAGACUUAAGAGGGCUUGGGUGUGAAAGGAGAGGUCCCUCUAUGCAUGGUCAAGGUCAUGACAGGAGAGGAGCAUAUCUGAGCGGUCCUGGGCCUGAAUUCAUAGGACUGGGGCCUGAAAGAACUGGUCCAGGCAUUGAAGUUCCAGGGACCCAUAAUAGAGGACAGGGAGGACCACUGUUCAGGGGUCCUGGGCCAGAAUGCAGACAUCCCAAUAUGGAGGACUCCGUGCCUGACAGGAGAGGUCCAGAUAUCAGAGGACCAAGGCUGGAAAGACCAGGUUCUGGUGUGGAGGGUCCAGAGCCCAACAGGAGAGGGCCAGGAGGUCCAAACAUGAGGAGACCAGGGAUUCACCAUUCAGGUCCAAACAUAGAGGGCUCAGGGGCUGACAUGAGCGGUAGAAGACCUCCAGAUAUGGGGGAAACAGGCAACAGCAGUAACUUUUCAAGAGGCCCACAGUUCAGGGGUCCUGAGCCAGAAAGAAGACCUCCAGAUAUGGGGGAUAUGGAGUUUGAUAGAAGAGGUCCACACAUCAGAGGAGUGAGGCUUGAAAGAACUGUUAUGGAGGGUCUGUGGCCCGAUAGGAAAGGUCCAAGAGGUCCAGAGUUUAGAGGACCCGGUUGUGAAAGUAGAGGUCCACGCUUUGAGGGCCCAGGGCCUGACAGACAAGAACCAGGAGGCUUAGGCUUCAGUGAACCUGGGCCUGAAAUAAGAGGUCCAGAUAUAGAGGGUGCAGGACCUGAUUGGUCAAGAUCAGGUGGUCCAGACUUUAGAGGCCCUGGCAUCAGGCAGAAAGGUCCAAAUACAGAGAGUCUUAGAAAUAGAAAAGAUAACUGGGGAGAGGCUGACUUUGGAGGCUCAGAACCUAUCCAGGAAAGCCCAGAUAUAGAGGGUCUGGGACCUGAUAGAACAGGUCAAAACAUGAGGGGUUCAGGGCCUAUGAGGAGAAACAGAGGACCAGGGCCAGAUAUUAGCAGUCUAAAUUGGGGAGAUAGAUGGAAAGGAGAGCCCAAUAUGGAGGCUGCAGGAAAUGAUAGUGAAUGUUCAGGAGAUGAUUGGACAAGACAUGGCAACAGGGGUACACGGCCCAUCCAGGAAGGUCCAGCUGAGCAGGUUCAAGAACAUAGUAGGCAAGGUCCUCAUAUGGAAUGGAGAGGCUCUAGAAGUAGGGUGCCAAGGCACAUACAGGAAAGACCAAAUUUACCAUUUACAGGACCUUUGAGAGGUCCAGAAGAUGAUUGUAGUGGUCCUGGCUUCAGGGGUCCAGGGCCUCUGCAGGAUGACCCAGAUAUGGGAGAACCUGGAAAUCAAUGGAGAGAGCCUGAUAGGGGGGGUGCUGGGCCAAACAGAUGGGGGCCUGGACCAUUUUUAAGAGGAGAAAGAGAUCCAGACAAGAGAGGACAGGGCCAUGAUAGAAGAGGUCCAGGAACAAGAGGACGAGGAUCAGAUAUGAGAGGAGGCCCAGCUAUGGGGAAUGACUGGAGGAAGCCAGACUUCAGGGGUAAUAUAAGAGGGACAAACAUGGAAGAACCUGGGGCUAAUAGGGGAGGUCCAAACAGGAGAGGCCCCGGAGGUCCAGAUUUAAGACACUCAGGGCCUGAAAACAGAAAUUCAAACAAUGAAGUCCCAGGGACUGAUGGGAGGUUUUCCGAUGGUGGGGGGCCAGGAUCUGAUAGGCGAGGUUUAGACAUGGACACCCCUGGAACAGGUAGACAAGGAUUUGAGCAUGAUUUUAGGAGGCAAAGGAGAGGUCCAACUAUAAGAAGGCAUACAGAUAUGAGGGGGCCAGCACCAGAAGGUUCAGAUAUAAGACAUGGACCUGGUAGGUGGGAUACAAAAAUUGAAGGCCCAGGGUCAGACUCAAAGGGAUAUGAGCCAGCACCAGCUCAUUUCAAUAGUCCCCAUCAGAUUUCCAGAUUCCAAGGCCCUAGUGAUCCACAUUCUGCACCUAACAGUGGGCCCCUAGGUCCAGCUCAAAACAGUGGAAGAAACUCAUGCUCCGGUUUUGAUAGCCUACAAAAUCAGCAAACCGUAAACCCCCAGAGACACAGAGCUGCCUUGCUUCCCACUCCAACAGAAGGUCUUAUACGCUUCCCAAAUCGUAUGAUCAACAAUCCUGAUGUCUUCAGCCCAAAACAUAAACAAAUAGGUCACCCAACAGACAGGGACUGGAGUAGAGGUAGACCAGUGAGUCGAGAAAGAGAGUUGGUCAAAGGGCAAAGACAGGAGCAGGAGAAAAGUCCUGCUGGUAAAACAAGUAUGCCUAUAGAUUCAGGCACAGGGGGUGGAGAAGAAAAAAAAGAAGAGGGGAAAGAAACUGAUAAGCAGGGGAUUCAUGGUGUAUGUGUAGAAACUAAAACCAAUCCAAGUAUGGACAGCGAUGGAAAUAAAAGCAAUGUCUAGCCAAGUUAGACAAAUCAUUACACAAGAUGGGUCAGUAAGGCUGAUGAAUGACAAAAAUGCUUAUCAAAUUGGCUAGAGAUAGACCGCAUAACACACUGAAUGUAGUUUUUCUCAAGGAAAGUAAUUGUCCAUGUCUUUUUGAAAUUUCAACAUGACCUACAGGAAAAGCCACGUGAAAGAUCAGACAUUGUGGCUUGAUGUGGAAAUGCUCAGAGGUAUUUGAGUUCAUUAUGUUCUAGUUUGUGUACUUGUAAUCAAAGUAUGUGUGUUUAUUUUUGUUAUAUGAUUAUGACUAAACGCCUCUUAAACUUAAUUGAUCACUUGUAAAUUCAACUGCUUGAUGUGCAUUUCUAGUUGAAAAAAUGUACAGUUUUUUUUUUUUUUUUUUUUUUUUUUACAUAGCCAAAGUGUCAGUACAGUAGCCAUAAUCUGGCUUUUAUGUUAUAUUGCUGGUAAAAAAAAUGGCUUGUUACAUUUUUCUUUUAGAAUGCAAGUCAAUAAAAUGAAAAUUACAAUUUUA